AUGACGACCCACAGAUCGCAAAUGGUGUAUAUUGUGGCUGUGGUUUUAACCUGUCUUGCUCUGAAUGAUAUCCAAGCGAUGCGGAUAAAACGAGAUCAUUCUGAACAAGAAAACCGCAAAAAUGAAACGGAUAUAAAUCAGGGUAAGCAUCAAGAACAUGGCUAUGAACACCAAAACGAUUCUGGCCAUGAAAAACAUGAACAUCACAACUGUUCUGAAAACCAUGAAAGUCAUAGCAAGGAACACAGUGACGAAGAUCAUCACGAAAAGAAAACCCAUUAUUACUGUAAAUGUCGCGAUCAUCAUGACAAUGAUUCGGAAAGCCAUGAACAUGAUGAACAUGACCGUGCGGGUGAAAAUGAUACAGAAACUCAUGUUCAUAAAGGUAUCCAUGAACAUGUAGGUAAUAAUUCAGACAGCAGUGAAUAUAAUCAUCAGGAUUGUCGUUGCCAUUGUCACUGUCCGAAACAUAAAGGAAACAAUAAUCAGGAACAGAAACGUAGGGGUCAUAAGAAGGGAAGUGGGGAACACUGUCACUGUUUCUGUCAUCAUCACGGAGAUGAAGAGCACAAGGGAUCAGAUCAAACGGAACGACAUGAUAAGGAGCACAGUGAGGAACAUAAAAAAGAGCCUGAAGAAAAAGAACACAAGGAGGACAAAGAUCAAGAUCAGGUCAUGAAACUACUGUUUUGA